GUCGGACGGAACCAUGCGGUCAGAAAAAGAGCUGUGGAAAUGUAUAAGAUAGGUAGGUGCGCCUGGCUCCGGUGCUACUCUAAUUCAUAAAGCUUCACCUCGAGAUUACCACUAGAUCCCACACUAAAUCAUAUCCAACACCCUACACCUGCACAAUGACCGACUACAAAUUCGAAGGAUGGUGCGGCCACGGCCCUGAGUCCGCUAAGGGCAAGAUGAAGUGGGAGGAGUACACACCUAAGACCUUCACCGAUGAUGACGUCGACAUCAAGAUCUCCCACUGCGGUAUCUGCGGUUCUGACAUCCACACUCUCCGCUCUGGCUGGUACCCCACACCGUACCCCUGCGUUGUCGGCCAUGAAAUCAUCGGUAAGGCCGUCAAGGUUGGAAAGAACGUCAAGCACGUGAAGGAGGGCGACCGUGUCGGCGUUGGUGCGCAAGCAGCUUCUUGCUUGAAGCCUGACUGCCCUCAGUGCUCUGAUGGCUUCGAGAAUCACUGCGGCAACAUGGCUGCUACAUACGGCGGCUUUUUCCCUGGCGGCAAAGAGAAGACAUACGGUGGUUACGCAAACUACAACCGCACACCGGGACACUUCGUCUUCAAGAUCCCCGAGCAGAUCUCCAGCGAACAUGCCGCACCCAUUAUGUGCGGUGGUAUCACCCUCUACAGCCCGCUUAAGACAUACAACGCAACGGGCAAGAACGUUGGUAUCAUCGGUCUUGGAGGACUGGGUCACUUCGGUGUUCUCUUCGCAAAAGCUCUGGGCGCAAAGAGUGUAACCGUCAUCUCGCGCUCGCACGCAAAGGAGGACGAUGCGAGGAAGCUCGGCGCCGACAACUUCAUCGCUACCGGCGAUGAGGACUGGGACCAGGGCAAGAACGCUUCCUCUCUCGACCUGAUUGUCUCGACCGUCUCGUCCGACAAUAUGCCUCUGCCUGGCUACCUCAACCUGCUCAAGUUCCGUGGUACCUUCGUCCAGGUCGGUGCGCCUGAGGACCCGCUGCCUUCUUUCCAGGCUUUUGCUCUCAUUCAGAAGGCUAUUCACAUCACUGGUUCAGCUAUCGGUGCACCUCACGAGAUUGUGGAGAUGCUGAACCUUGUUGCGGAGAAGGGCAUCAAGCCCUGGACACAGCUUGUUCCUCUAAAGGAGGCCAAUCAGGCGCUUGUUGACUUUGAGGCUGGUAAGCCCAGGUUCAGGUUUGUUCUCAAGAACGAGAACUAC